AUGAAGAUUAUAGAAGAAAUAAAAAAUCAAGUGGAGUAGGAGAUGAAAAAAAUGAUUGGGAAAUGCAUUGAAAAGAGAUAUGCAAAACUAACAGAUAAAUUAAAAAAUGAAUUGAUCAUUAAUGUUAUUAGAGAUGGAUAAACAAUUAGAUAAGUUUGAUAUAAUAAAUUAAAUUUAGGCCUCAAAAGACUUAUGUAUAAAUUAUUCUUCAGCAAAAGCAAUCAUUUCAAAUUACAGAAAAUCAUUUUGUAGUUAAGGAAAUUAGAAAUAUAAUUAAGAACCAAGAUAGGUUUAAGUGAAUGACAAAUAUGACUGGAAGAAAUUUAAAAUUAUGACAUAUUGUGAAGAAACAUAAACAAAUGAAUAUACUAUGGAAACAUUUGCAUAAAAUUUAAAGUAAUCAAAUUAAAUAAAGUAUUAAUUGACCUUUGAGAACAAGGUAUGA